AUGUCAAUUCUUGAUCGUUUACUAUCGACGAAUCAUCAAUUACAUGUUGAUGAAGAAAAACAUAUACAAGUAAAUAAAAUAUUAACAGCUCUAAUUGAAGAUGGUAUCGAUAAACUACAUAUAGUAGCUGACUAUGAUUAUACACUGUCGAGAUAUGAAAAAAACGGUCAAAUAUUACCAACGACAUUUGGAGUUAUUGAAUCAUGUGAUAAAGUUAGAUUACCCGACAAUACGUUACUUCGAAUUAAAGCUGACGAAUUACGUCUACAUUAUCAUCCAUUUGAAAUGGAUGUACAUAUGUCAGUAGAACAAAAAAUUCCAUUAAUGAUCGAAUGGUGGCGAGCUGCUCAAGAUUUGUUAAUCUCAUGUAAUAUAACUAAAUCCAUGUUAUUUGAUAUAGUUAAAGAAUCUCAAAUGGAAUUUAAAGAUGGUGUUAAUGAAUUUAUCGCUCGUUCAUUAAAAGAUAAAAUACCAAUAUUAAUAUUUUCAGCUGGUCUCGGAGAUAUUAUUGAAAUAUUUUUAGAAAUUAAUGUUCCAGCAUUUCGUCUACAAGAACAUACACCAACCGAAUCCACUCAUAUUGUAUCAAAUUUUAUGGAUUAUGAUUCAAAAAGUUUCCAUUUUACAGGAUUUAAAGAUAAAUUGAUUCAUGCUUUCAAUAAAAAUGAAUAUGAAAUUUAUGAUACACCUUAUUAUAACCAAAUUAAACAACGUCCAAAUGUUAUUUUAUUAGGUGAUACUCUGGGAGAUGUAGGAAUGAUUGCUGGCAUGAAAAAUUUACAAAAUAUUUUGAAAAUUGGUUUUCUAAACAAUUAUAAUGAAACAAAGUUAAAAGUCUAUAAAUCUGUCUAUGAUUUGGUCAUAUGUAAUGAUCAAACAUUUACAAUACCAAAUCAGAUAUUGGAUGAAAUACAAAAAUAG